AUGCCGGUCCGGAGGGGCCAUGUGGCUCCGCAGAACACCUUCCUGGACACCAUCAUCAGGAAGUUCGACAGUCAAAGUCGUAAGUUCGUCAUAGCCAAUGCAAGAGUGGAGAACUGCGCCAUCAUCUUCUGCAACGAUGGCUUCUGCCACAUGUGCGGUUACUCGCGAGCAGAGAUCAUGCAGAAGCCGUGUACGUGUAACUUCCUGUAUGGACCCGACACCAAACGACUGGCCAUCGCCCAGAUGGCCCAGGCCCUGCUGGGGUCCGAAGAGAGGAAGGUGGAGAUCAACCUUUACCGCAAAGACGGUCAGUGCUUCCUGUGUAUGGUGGACGUGGUGCCAGUGAAGAACGAGGAUGGCCUGGUGAUCAUGUUCAUCCUCAACUUUGAGGUCAUGACAGACGAAACACUUCUAGAUAACAAAGAGGAGCUCAACCACCGCGUGCCUACCUGGUUUGUCUCCGGUCGUCCACGGGGCUUCAAGCUGCGUCUUCCACUGCUGCGCUCCUUAUCCAACAGCAAAGUGUCUCUGGACGACGCAGAGGCCGGUCACAUCCCCACUGCUACACCGCUACCACUGCACCCUGACCACAGUCCUGAGUCCUUAGGCUUGGGGGAGUUCCUGCCCCUUCCCCCUUUACCAACAAACCACCAGGAGCAAAUCAGUGGAAGCAGGUCAGCUCUACAGAGUUGGCCAGAGGACCGCCUAGAGGACCAUCGCACCUUACUGGGUUCUGACCCUCCUGUACACCGUCCACCUGCACCUCCCCCUCCCCACAGAACACAUCUGGUGGGUCCCCUCACCCAGUCAUCGCCCUGCGUAGCACCUCACCAUCGCCUCAGCCUGAACCCAGACGGUUCAGGCUCCAACUGCACUCUGUCGCACACCCGCUCGCGGGAGAGCUUCCACAGCAUGCGUCGUGCCUCCUCCGUAGACGAGAUCGAGGCCAUGAGGCCGGACUGGGACAGAAAGAACCGGAGAGCGAGUGUCCGGCAGGGCAGCAGCAGUACUGGUGCAGUUAACAGUAAGUCUAACAUCUUGAACUCAACAUCAGACUCAGACCUCAUGCGGUACCGCACCAUUUCCAAGAUCCCUCAGAUCACACUCAACUUUGUGGAUUUCAAACCAGACCCACUCAUCGCCCUGCCCACCGGGGAGAUGGACAUCAUAGCUCCCUGCAAACUCAUAGACCGGACUCACAACGUCACAGAAAAAGUCACACAGGUGCUGUCUCUGGGUGCAGAUGUGUUGCCAGAGUACAAGCUCCAGGCGCCUCGCAUCCACAAGUGGACGGUGUUGCACUACAGCCCCUUCAAGGCGGUGUGGGACUGGCUCAUCCUGCUGCUGGUCAUCUACACCGCCAUCCUGACGCCCUACUCAGCCGCAUUCCUCCUCAACGACCAGGAGGAGGUAGCCAUGCAGAGCUGUGGUUACUCCUGCUCUCCUCUCAAUGUGGUCGACCUCAUAGUGGACAUCAUGUUCAUUAUUGACAUCCUCAUCAACUUCAGGACGACAUACGUGAACACUAAUGAUGAGGUGGUGAGCCAUCCGGUGCGAAUCGCUGUCCACUACUUCAAAGGCUGGUUCCUCAUCGACAUGGUGGCCGCCAUCCCCUUUGACCUGCUCAUUUACCGCAGCGGAGAGGAGACCACCACUCUGAUUGGUCUGCUGAAAACGGCUCGUCUCCUGCGGUUGGUGCGAGUAGCCAGGAAGCUGGACCGCUACUCGGAGUACGGUGCAGCCGUCCUCUUUCUCCUCAUGUGCACCUUUGCCCUCAUCGCUCAUUGGCUGGCCUGCAUAUGGUAUGCCAUUGGUAGUGUAGAGAGAAAUGGUUCCAUUGGUUGGCUCCACACUCUGGGGGACCAAUUGGGGAAACACUUCAACGACUCUGUACCAGGUUCAGGACCCUCCAUCAAAGACAAGUAUGUCACUGCUCUGUACUUCACCUUCAGCAGUCUGACCAGCGUGGGCUUUGGAAAUGUGUCGCCAAACACCAACUCUGAGAAGAUCUUCUCCAUCUGUGUCAUGCUCAUAGGAUCCCUGAUGUACGCCAGUAUCUUUGGGAAUGUGUCAGCCAUCAUCCAGCGGCUGUACUCUGGAACGGCCCGCUACCACACCCAGAUGCUGAGAGUCAGAGAGUUCAUCCGCUUCCACCAGAUCCCCAACCCGCUCAGGCAGAGGCUGGAGGAGUACUUCCAGCACGCCUGGUCCUACACCAACGGCAUCGACAUGAACGCUGAUGAUGCGAAGGCUUUGUCUCAGCAUGCAUGGUCCGACACCAUCAGAGAAAGUAGGACAGAUGUGCUGAAGGGUUUCCCGGAGUGUCUCCAGGCAGAUAUCUGCCUCCAUCUGAACCGGACCCUGCUGCAGAACUGCAAGGCUUUUAAAGGCUCCACUAAGGGAUGCCUCAGGGCGUUGGCCAUGAAGUUCAAGACCACCCACGCACCCCCGGGUGACACGCUGGUCCACGCCGGAGACGUCCUCACUGCUCUCUACUUCAUAUCGAGGGGAUCCAUAGAGAUACUGAGAGGAGACGUGGUGGUGGCUAUCUUAGGGAAGAAUGACAUUUUCGGCGAGCCCAUCAACCUGUAUUCCCGGCCGGGUAAAUCUAACGCUGAUGUAAGGGCUCUGACCUACUGCGACCUCCAUAAAAUCUUCCGAGAAGAUGUUCUGGAGGUGCUCGACAUGUAUCCUGAGUUUGGAGACAAUUUCUGGAGCAACCUGGAAAUCACCUUCAACCUCCGAGAUACCAACAUGAUCCCGGGCUCUCCAAGCAGUGAUGACUCAAACUGUGGGGGAUUCAACAAAUUACGCAGACGCAAGUUAUCAUUCCGGCGACGUACAGAAAAGGAUGAUGCAGAUGCGGGAGAAGUGAAAAAGUCCCACAAGUCUGUGAGAAGAAGACAGAGAGAGGCAGGCAACAACCAAAAACAGGAGGAGGCACCAAAGCGUCGGUGGGAGCCUCAUCGAAGCUCAGUGUCUUCACACUCCAGUGGUGAUGAGGGGGAGGAGCCGCCAGUAGCCAGACUCGCCCCUCCACCAGUGCUGGAGAAUUCUCACGCUCAGGCCCCGCCCAUGAACUUUAACGAGAACACAGAGGGUGAUGGGGACCCAAAGACUGGGAACACCUGCAAUGCCCUGUCAGGUGCAUUCUCAGGUGUGUCCAACAUCUUUAGUUUCUGGGGGGAGAGUCGGGGAGCGGGUCAGUACCAGGAGGUUCCCAGCUGCAGCCUGGCAUCACCCCCGACCCUCAACACGCCGCUGCACAGUCUGAGCCGUCAGCAACGCAACCAGCUGGACACGCGCCUGGACCUGCUGCAGAAACAGCUCAACAGGCUGGAGAAUCGCAUGUCAACCGACAUUGGAGCCAUCAUGCAGCUGCUGCAGAGACAGAUGGCCCUGGUUCCUCCUGCCUACAGCGCCGUCUCGUCACCACCUCAGGCCUCACCUUACCCUGGUCCUGGUCCAGGACCUGGAACAGGAGAGAGACUGGUGCAGCCUGUUUCACCUCUGGAGACAGACACGCUGGCCUCUCUGUCACAGAUUUUGGAUUCCCAGGACUUUGAAGAGUUCCCGGCCAAGCCUCUGGACUCCCUGCAGCCCCAAGACUCUUCUCUGAUCAACAGCAGCCAGGGCCAGCUCGCCUCCUCUGGACUGGACAGCCUGGGGCAGAAUCUGGAGCUGGAGCUGGGACUUGGGACCGGGGUGAUUCCAGGACCAGCAGGUUCAGGUUUAGCGUUAGAUCUAGGAAGCGGGGCAGCAGUGGGGUCGAGCUUAGGAGCAGGGUUAGACUUUGGUUCAGGGGUGUGUGAGGGGGCUGGGGUCGGGCCAGCUGCUGCUGCAACAGGUGUAUCUGCUCUGGAUCCAGAAACCCAAAGGAGGCUGUCUCUGCAAGAACCACAGACACCUUUGGACUCACGGACACCUCAGAGACACAGCUCUGACCCAGGGGGGAGCUAA